UCCUCUCUCUCUUGCUUUCGAACUGAUGGCUUGGAUAGGAUUAAGUAUGGAUUCUGGGAGAAAAAUAUACUUUUGAUGUUUUUUCUUGAAAAGGGUUCGAGAAUCGAAAUGUUUGAUAAGUCAUUAUGGGGUUUGAGGGAAAUCAUGUCAUGAUUUCACGAGAUAGAUGAAAAAAUUAGUCGUCCAAACUUGGGUAGUUCAGACAUUCACGAGUUGCAGACUGCUUUCGCAGAAACCCUAAUGGAUGAGCGUGCAAGAAGUAGUGUGGUUACGCAAUCGCUGAAAUGGUUUGUUAGGAUUGAUUGCUACAGAAGGGCAUGAUUACAACUCAAGUUUGAUUUGUUCUUUUAAGUCCAUUUAUAGAUAUUUCGGGUUUCAAUUUGGUUUUCUUCUUGAUUCCCAAUAAUAUCAGAACGUAUCUCCAUUGAGUACUUUAUGUGCAUCACCAAAAGAGUAUGAGAUUCACUUUUUUGACCAAAUGAUACACUUUUUUCUGGGGCUAUUUUUUCAUUUAUUUAUGACUUUACUUUAUGACUUCUACUUUUCUGAAAAUUCUAUGAGUGCCAAAGUCUAAGACCAACCAGAUUUGGCACUAUGUUUCUCUAAUUAUAUUGCAUGAAAAAGCUCUUUGAGAAUUGAACCAAGGGGCUUUCAAAUGGCAUCUUUUCUUUUUCAUUUUUACGUAUCUUUAGUCAAAUUCAAGCUUGAAGUUGGUAAAGGAUAAUGCCAUUUUUGCUCAAGUAUAAAAGCACACAUGACGGUGAACAUACUAUCUGUUGAGUGUUGUCGUAUUGCAUUUGGUUUUGCAAAGUCCAUCACAUUACCCUUUUGAAGCGAUGAGUCAAAAUCAAGAAAGAAUAGAUACUUCUAGGUUUGUCCUAGACACUUUAUGCUUCUCCCUAGCAUCUAAUAGUAUCGUACAACACUCAUUUUUCAAACCUGAGGUGAUGUGAUGCCAAUUGGGUCACUGUAUGGGACACCAUGGUAAGCUUUACCAUUUUCCGAAAUUAGAUUAGGAAUAAAAACGAUGGUAUGGAAAUUUUAUCCUUUCCAUUGUUUUGUUGAGUUCUCAAUUAUUUUUUCUUAAAAAAAACAUUUCUAGUAGGAAAUAUGCACUCUCAGAAAAAAUGAUGGCAGUUACUUUUAUAUUGACAUGCGAAUUCUAUCCCAAAAAUUUUGUAGGACAAAACUGGUUCAUGUCCUAACUAUUUUUGCUUCAAUAUAUGCUCUGUAUCUAUUUUUCUAUCCAUAGGUAUUGUUUUGGCUCGUAGCCAUACUGUAGCAUUACUUUGUUAAGUUUUCAACAACUUUAUAUAGAUGCUAGAUGUUAGAUUCAGGCUUGUUUGAUUUCAACAUAAAAUGAUAAUAUUGAAGAAUACCUUGUUCCUUUACAUCUGUGCUUGUCCAGUUUUCUUUUUUAUAUUUCAAAAAUAGAUGGCAACCUCUUUGUGUUGUUCCAUGAAUUCCUGCACAGAAUUCUCAUACGAUAAAACCAAUAAAUCAUCCCAUUCUGAUCAGUUUGUAUUUCAACUUAUGCUCUUCAUAUAUCUUGCAUCUAGAACUUUAUUUUUGUCUUGGCUCAUACACCAAACUGCAGUAUCAUUUCAAAAGUUUUUAUUGUUUAUACUUGGAAUGCUGUAUAUCAUAGUCAUUCUUGUUUGACUAGUAUAAGAUGGUAACAUGGAAUAAUAUUUUUUUCACUAUUUCUUUGUUUCUCCAAUCACUUCUUUUGUAUAUUUAACCCCUUAAAACAUUUAUACUCCUGUAUAGCUCAUACAUGUAUAUAUCUUGAGACAUGACACCUGGCACUGACUUCAAUGAUCUUGUCCUGCAUUGGUCAUGACACUUGUUACUGUUUUUCUCCUUGUUGCUGUCCAUAACCAUGCCCCUGUAACACUAGGAUUGUGCCUCUAUCCCAGGAUUCAGCAAAAGUUGUAGACUUAACCCUGUGAUGAGCAUGCAUCUGAUUAAGAUCUUUAUAUGCUUUUGAUGCAUUGGUUGGUUGUUUAUCUCCCAUGUGUACAUCUAUCUGAGGCUCUGAGCUACUUGGUCUUCCCACAAGUACUACCUAUUAACCCUAAACUACAAAAGUUUUAUUAAGAAGACACUUCUUUUUUCCUUUCCUAGCCUAAUUGUCUUCUUGCAAAUCUUGUGUUGCUUAGUUUCUGCAUGUUUGAUUCUGAUCUGCUGCAUUUUCGCAGCCUAUAAUACAUGCUAAAAAGUAGAUGGUUCUUAACUAAAAGCAAUCGGAAGAAAUGUAGAUUAAAUUUCAAAUUCUCUUUUUUAAAUUAAAUAUAUAGAUAAUCCAUGCAAAAUGAUUCUUCUCUACUAUAUGGUAAAGUUCAAGAACUUUUCAUUUUUUUCAGGAAGUUUUCUAUCAAAUUGGAUUGACACACUAUCAUGUGCAGGGUUAGGGCUUGGAUUUCCUGGUUUACAGUUUGGCUUCGGAAUUGGUUCUGGAUGUGGAAUAGGUCUGGGUUUUGGUUAUGGCAUGGGAAAAGGAAUUGCCUAUGACGAGAACCAAAGAUACACAAAUGUAGGGAAGCUCUUUCAAGGGACAAAAAAUCUCCCAGCACAAGAUCAUAUUGGUGCAUUGGUUGAUGGGCUUGUUGUAAAUACCAAAAAGCUAAUUGAAGCAACUUCAAGAGGGAUUGAGAAGUGGAGAUGAAUCAAUUCUGAAUAGAAGAAAUGUCUAGGUGUUACCAUCAUUCGAACUCAUGCUUUAUUUUGGACACAAAUGUACUGCAUCUGUGGGUUGAAGACACUAGGAUCCUUUAUGUUGCCAAAGAUAUGUGCUAAAUUGCAGUUCACUGUAUACCUAGCUUUUAGCUUAUUAGCUGAUACAUUUAAUGGUUGGUUAGGAUUUAUGACCUGUACAUUUUUUUAAUUGCUGCUGCAUAUAAUCCUAAUUUGGUGAACAUAUGCCAGAUGGUAACUUGAUGCUUAGCUCA